GACUUGGGCGAACUAAAUAUUGGUGGAGAAGGCAAUGGGAUUAUAGCCAUACCAUUCCCUUGCUUAGCUUCUUUGCGUCUUUGGAGUCUACCAAAGUUGAGGCAUGUUUGGGCGAAGAAUCCACCAACAAUAUCUCAAGGCUUUCAUAAUUUGAAAUCGCUAUAUGUGUCUAGUUGCGGCAGCUUGAGGAUUCUGGUCUCGCCUUUCGUAGCCAGACUUCUUGUGAACCUAAAAGAACUAGAUGUACAUGGAUGUGAUACGAUGGAAGCAAUCAUUGACUGGGAGGAAGAAGAAGUAGAUGACGGGGUCAAAACAGAUACAAUCGUCUUUCCUCAAUUAACUUCCCUCAAGCUCUGGGAUCUGCAACCCCUGAAAAGUUUCUGCCCCCAGGGUUGCACUUUCCAAGGAUCAUUUUUGAAAGAAGUGCAAAUACGAGAUUGUCCUGCAUUGCAGUCACUCCCUUCGGCAGGCCAACGUGUAAUUGACGAGCAAGGAUCACUUGAAGAUUAUGAAGAAGAGGAUGAUGAUGGUGGUGAAAGGAUAACAUGGAUGCUAUAUAUCUGAACAUUUAUCGACCAACAAGUCCAGAGCGUGAAUGGUGGUCUUCAUGAUGAGGCAAUUUCCGAUACAUAUUUUACAGUCCGAGCAUAAAACCAUCUCUUGGAUGGAAACUAAGGUAACGAAGAUUUUUGAUGCAAAUUUCAUCCCAGAUCGGAUCAGUACUUCACAUUUGUCCCCGUGGCAGCUUCGAGCAUUUCUGUUAUCAAAUAGGGGCGAAUGGCGGCACUAAUUAAUGAACAAGUCUAUACCUUUGUAUGUAGAGGCCGUCAUGCAUGCAAUCCGCGAUGAUGAUGUUGUUCAUUAUUUUCCUAUCUUGGGUGCUUAAAUUUGGGUCUUUUCUGUUCUACCUCUCUUAUAAUUAAUUGGAUUCUGCUGCAACACUUCGUGGAUGUUGCAGUAAACUUCUUUGAGUUUGAAAUUUAAGCUGUUUCAUUGUAGUGGUGGGGGUUGUCUACGUUCGUGUUGGAAAAUGGUGUUUUUUUCAUAAUUCAAAUUCUCAAAUCAAUUUACGUGCACCUCGACUAAGGGGUGGUUUUCCUUUUUGGCUAAAAAUACUAAAAGUACCAAAAAUGCUUUUUCCAUCACUGAAGGGGCUUUCUUCCUUCACAAUGUAUUAAUCAGUCUUAACAGUAGGAAUUGGAAAAGACAAAACUCAAAAUGCAUGUUGUAAGCACUUGCAGUUUGAUUGCCAAUGUUGCACUCUAAUUUUCCUCACUCCUACGUUGUCUUGUGAACAAUUUUGGUUCUGUCUGAUACCUGCAUUGUUUCGGAAAAUAUCACCAUUCUUGUUGUUUGUCAUGUUUUCUGACUUAGACCCAUGUAGUUCCUCACUUUGUAUUUACCACCAAAACGACCUCUCUAUUUGGAUCACACACAAAUAUUACACGUCUUACGACACAGUCGUUAAGCCUGUUGCUACCGUCUUCUUCUUCUUUUUUCUUAACAAAGCAAGUUACACUUAUGUAAUUAAAGAAUAAUCGACGUUC